CUCAGGUCCUCCACUCCCCUUCAGUCCCUCGGGCGCUCUCUCCGCGCAGCCGCGUCGUCACUCACCACGAGCCGCCAUUUUGUGUGAGGCCCACUCAUGUAAAGCGGGAGAAAAAUAUUACCCCGCCGCGCAGCAGCUACGUGCUAGAGUUGGACGGACUAGAGCGAACGCAGUAGCGGAGAUACAAGACCAAUAAAAAGAGGAAAAGAACCCACAAGGAGUUGCUUGGCCUGUUGCCAUGGAUGGCGAGGUUGUUUCCAUGGAUGCAUCUCAGGCUGCUGCCCUUGCCUCUGAUGGAAAGGUCCUGACAGAAGGUGGAGAGGCCUUGAUGCAAGGGACAGCCAUUGCUUCACAGGGGGAAGUUGCUGGUAACAUGGAGAUGAUGGUGAUGGAUGCUCUUGAUCCAACUCUGCUGCAGAUGAAGACAGAGGUUUUGGAAGGAGGAGGAACAAUGACAGUCACUGGUGGAGAUGAGGGACAGAUCAUCACACUCCAGGUGGUGAAUAUGGAGGAGCAAGCUGGUGCGGCAUUAGGCCUCGGUCAGCUUCAACUGGUUCAAGUUCCAGUAACAACCACGACUGGAGAAGGACUUCAGGCCACAUAUGUGGAUGCUUCAGCUGGUAACAAGGAUGCAGAGCCUGUAAUCUGUCACACCCUCCCUUUGCCAGAAGGAUUCCAGGUUGUAAAAGUUGGUGCCAAUGGUGAAGUAGAAACUGUAGAACAAGAGGAUCUUGGUGUAGCUCCUGAGGAGUUAGAUGGUGCAGUAGAAGAUGAGGAGGAGAUGGCAGAUGCAGCUGAGGUAGAAGCUUCAGUGCCUCCAGAAGAAGACCCAGAAUGGACAAAGGACCCAGACUUUACUCCAAUCACCACUAUCCGCAAAGGAAAGAAAGGGAAAAAGAGUCGCCUACGCUAUGCAGAGGGUGACCGUGACAUGGAUGUAUCUGUGUAUGACUUUGAAGAAGAACAGCAGGAAGGUCUGUUGUCAGAGGUGAAUGCUGAGAAGGUAGUUGGCAACAUGAAGCCUCCAAAGCCCACCAAGAUCAAGAAAAAGGGUGUAAAGAAGACUUUCCAGUGUGAACUUUGCAGCUACACCUGUCCAAGACGAUCAAACCUGGACCGACACAUGAAGAGCCACACAGAUGAGAGGCCUCACAAAUGUCACUUGUGUGGAAGAGCCUUCAGAACAGUCACACUGCUGAGGAACCAUCUGAAUACACACACAGGCACUCGUCCUCAUAAAUGCACGGAUUGUGACAUGGCAUUUGUGACCAGCGGUGAAUUGGUGCGCCAUCGUCGUUACAAGCAUACACAUGAGAAACCCUUCAAGUGCUCUAUGUGUGACUACUGCAGUGUGGAGGUGAGCAAAUUGAAAAGACACAUCCGUUCUCACACUGGAGAGCGACCCUUCCAGUGCAGCCUGUGUAGCUAUGCCAGCAGAGACACAUACAAGCUGAAGAGACACAUGAGGACACAUUCAGGUGAGAAGCCAUAUGAAUGCUACAUCUGCCAUGCUCGAUUCACACAGAGUGGUACCAUGAAGAUGCACAUUCUGCAGAAGCACACAGAGAACGUGGCGAAAUUCCAUUGCCCGCACUGUGAUACAGUCAUUGCACGCAAAAGUGACCUUGGUGUUCAUUUGCGAAAGCAGCACUCCUUCAUUGAGACGGGAAAGAAAUGCCGCUACUGUGAUGCUGUUUUCCAUGAGCGUUAUGCUCUCAUUCAACAUCAGAAGACUCACAGGAAUGAGAAGCGUUUCAAGUGUGAACAGUGUGACUACUGCUGCAGACAGGAACGCCACAUGAUAAUGCACAGACGAACACACACUGGCGAGAAGCCAUUUGCCUGCACCCAGUGUGACAAAACGUUCCGUCAGAAGCAGCUUCUGGACAUGCACUUCAAGCGCUACCAUGACCCCCACUUUGUUCCCACAGCUUUCGCCUGUGCCAAGUGCAACAAGACAUUUACUCGCAGGAACACAAUGCUGCGUCAUUCUGACAACUGCAAUGGUGAAAGUGGAGGAGAAGAAAAUGGAACCCCCACACCCAGGAGGGGACGUCGUGGUAGAAAGAGGAAGAUGCAGGCCAGAACUGACAGUGAUGAUGACACAGAGGGUGAUGUUGAUGAGGAAGAGGAGGAGGAGGAGGAAGAUCAGCUGCUGUCUGAGAUGGAGGUGGAACAAGCUCCACCAGUUGUUCCCAUCCCAGCCCCAGUGGAGCCACCAGUCAAGAGGAAACGUGGACGCCCCCCAAAGAACAAGCCACAGACUGCAGCUGUUAUCCGUGUCGAAGAUGAGGCCACCGGGGAGAUUGAUGACAUCAUUGUAAAAAAAGAAGUUGGAGCAGUACCGGAAGAGCAGGAAGAGGACAUCGAAGGUGCUGUACAAGAGGUGGUUGUGGGUGGAGUGAAGUCCACCAUUGAGAUGGAGGAGUUGCCCCAGGAAGAGGGAACACCACAGCUGUCUGAGGCCCCACCUAAUGGAGAUCUGACCCCUGAGAUGAUCCUCAGUAUGAUGGACCGGUGAUGGACCUGAAUCAAGUCCCAGGCCUUGACUACACCUUCUUUAAUUCUUGGCAUUUAGGAUCGCAAACACUUUACAUCAGGCACAGCAGCAGAAAUCACUUGUGUAUUUUUAUUUUUUGGAUUUUUCUUUUAUUAUUAAUCUGCACCAGGUAUCAAGACUGGGAUGACAUGAAAAAUUUUAAAUAAGAGAUAUUUACCAAAAACAACUUAAUUUUGUUAUUUUUAAGCAGCUGUUAUUGACAGUAGUAAAUAAAAAUUAGGCGUUGCAAAAAAAUUCCACUAAAAUUAUAACGGAGAACCGAAAUAGUGGAUUUUGAUUGGUACUCAAACCCACUGUGCUAAAACUACACUGAUCAUGUACCUGUCAUCAGAACAUGGCCAACGUACUACCACUGUUUUAUUCAUUUUAAUUAUUUUUUUUUUUAUAGUUCUUUGGGAACAUCACAACCAACAAAGUCAGUUUUUAAGCAGAAAUUUGCAAUACAUACUGCUGUUAAUCACAACUGCUUAAAUGGUAAAAACACAUUUUGAAUAUUUCUUUUGGGUUUCCUUUCUGUGGUUAGUAGAUAUCUUUUUAAGUAUGUUUUAAAGCUUAAUAGACUGCUUAUCUUAAACUCCCUUUUCCUGACUGUAACAGCCCCUAGAUGAUGCUUAUGUACUAAACACUGUCUUUGAUAAGUGCAAGGAAAAAACUGAUGUAUUGCUGUUUUGUAGCCAUUCCACUUUGGGUUGAUUUUUUUUGUUUGUUUGUUUUUUGUUUUUUUGGUCUUUUGUACAAUUGGCAAUGCUACAUUUUAGCUUGAAAGACAUAACUGGCAAAUGAGAGCAGUGUAUGAAUAUAUGACAAAUAAAAACAUGACAUCACAGCUGCUUUUUUUUUUCUCAAAUCUCAUCUUCCCAUCUGCAGGAUGUUGCAGCUGAAUGACAUUUUAAAAAAGAACUUCUUUUAAAAUGCAGCAAAAAGUUUAACCUGAAUUGUUGUUCCCCUUAAUUAGCUGAGAGUCGACUGUUAAAACUGAAUUCAGUGUAUUUUGCUUGCAACUAUAUUUUAUUAAAUUGAAGAAAUGAA